GUUAUACAAACAAUCCAUCCCAUUCUAUUCCAUUCCACACCAAAAUCUAAUAAUUUUUUCCAUAUGGAUACACCUCCUCCACCUGAAGAACAAAACAACACCCCAACUCUUAAAUAUAAGACAUGUGUUCUAAGAGUCUCCAUUCAUUGUGUUGGUUGCAAGAGAAAAGUCAAGAAAGUCCUUCAAGGCAUUGAAGGUGUAUAUACAAUCGAUAUAGAUGCAAAGCAACACAAAGUUACGGUUUUAGGCAACGUUGAAGCCGAUACCCUCGUAAAAAAGCUAGUCAAGACCGGAAAACAUGCAGAGAAAUGGCCGGAAAACCCCACCAAAAAGGAGAAAUCGGCUCCAGGUGGCGAGAAAGAAAAAGGGUCAGAAAGUAGUGGAAAUAGUAGUGAUGAGGACGAAAAUAAUAAUAAUAACAAUAAUAAUCCGCCUCAAGAAAAUGUGAACACCAAUACUCCAAAUAAAACCGGCAAUCCAACUGUACGAUUUGCCGGUUUACCAGAAAAUCAUCCGGUUCAACCUAGUGGUGAACCGGGUGCACCAGCUAAGAAAAAGAAAAAGAAGAAAAAGAAAAAGAGUAAUGCGGGUGCAAAGCCUUCAGGUGCACCCGCAAACACGGGAUUAGUGGCUCCAGAUAUGGGGAGUAAUCAAGUGGUUGAUCAAAUGCAUCAGAGCCCUCCACAUGGCUACUCGUAUCCAAUGCCCGUUGGUGGCCCGGCUUAUGCUGUGAGUUACAAUGAGACGCACCCCAGCGUAAAUGGUGGUCCUGCAUACUACAUUCCUCCUACACCGUACACUUAUGAUUAUGCUGACGAUAAUGACGAUUUUGUAUCGCUAUCUCGACCGUCAGAUAGUACUUUUGAGAUACUUAGUGACGAAAAUCCUUAUGGAUGUUGUGUUAUGUAAGGACUAGGUUGUCUUACUAUCUUACGAUGACUUAUGAAUGCAUUUUGUACUUUUUAUGCAUGGUUGGUUAACUUAGUUCUUACAAACGAAACUUUAAUUCUAACUUCUUUUAUUUUCA